AUGCGCUUUCCCUUCAUAACUCGCCGCGCGGAAGAACCUCAAGAGUCUCACAGAAGGUAUCGUCGAAAAGGUGGAGGUGGGAAAGGUAGUGGGAAAGGCGCUUCGGAUAAUAAUGUAACGGUUGAUUUUAUUCUAGGUGGCUCAACUGGAAGCUCUUCUCGUGGCUCUUCCUCUUCAGUGACAAUCGCCGGUUCUUCACGCUCCGCCACAAGUUAUGGCUCCGGUGGAGGAAAGGCUUCCACAAUUCCCUCGGGCCAAAUUUUUGCUGGUAGGAUAGAAGGCGGAGGGACUAGAGAUCAAGUUUUUGGCUCAAGCACUUAUGGAAGCGGUUACCCCGGCAUCACGGGAAGAGGCGUCGCAGGCCGAGGAUUCCCGUUUCUGUUUUGGCCAAUUGUCUGGGGAGGAGCCGCUGGUAUCGGAAGCACUGCAUAUCUUCAUGAUACAGAGUAUGGUUCUCCGGACAACACAUCGCGUCCUGGUGGACCACUGAUGACCUCCGUAUUCGUUUCCAGCGCUUCGACGUCCUCAAACUCUACUCUUUCCCCCACGACGUUCCACAUCCUCGCUGACAAUACUACCCUCAUCUCCCUCAUUUCCGCAAUUACCACAAAUUGCUCUUCCAACAUCAAUACGUCCUCAUCAUCCUCCAAUACUUCGAAUCCUAGCCCUUACAAUGCCUCCGACCCAAACGCACCUCAACCCGAAUCUGCGAUCGGAUAUUAUCGUGCAAGCAGUGUUGUUCUUACGCUUAAUGGUUAUAAUAAUUCCGCUGCUCUGAGUAGUGAUGAAAAUGCAACAAAUACUCCGCUACCCACUGGCAUCGACACGACGUUGGAGGAUUGCUUGAACCAGACCAUUGGGGCUGCUGUCCCAUUGAUUGACGGUGCUAGGAGCAUUAACACAGGUGUAGGGAGUGUGGCGUUGCUAUCGAUGCUAUUUGUGGUUCUCCAGAGGCUGGUCGUUUGAUCAAUCUUUUCGCUCUUUCAUUGGUUAUUCCAUGAUCAAGACGGGAUAUGAUGCAUGGUGUUGUAUACUAUAGCCUCAAGCUCUUCACAGAUAUCCGGAUACUCUUCAUACCUUAUAAUAGUUUAGCAACCACUUAUUUGUUUGUGAAAUGUAUUAAUAUUGACGUUCU